CACAUGAUACAAAUAACUGUCCCAGUUUAUUUGUAUCUUCUGACAUAGGAGAGGUUAACAGUAGCGAUCUUCAGAAUGGCGUCGGUACUGGCUCGUCAUUUUGCAUCACCUUACCAACGAUUCUUUCUCCUUUUGUUUGUUUUUCUUGUCUAUAACCAUGUAAAAGCUCGGGAGGUUAUUCACAUGGAAAAAAGAGACAUUUCAGCCUCAAAAUAUGAGCACAGUCAUUCGCAAACACGAUUUAAACGCAGUGUUGACAACAAGUGUCAGGAACAAGAAGAGAAAUUCUUACAAGAUUUGAAGAAUAACAAGAGUAUACACGAAGAGUUUGUCUUUAGGAAUGAAUCUAAUGUCAGUAUCAUGUUAACUUGGGCUGAUGAUGGCGUUAUUUUAGUUGCUAUGACAAGUCCUAGAGAAAUGAAAGCUUCAUCAAAUCUUUAUAGAAGUGACACUUUUGGAGGAAAUUUUAAAGAGAUUAGUUCGUUGUUGGAAAAUGAUAUUAUCAGAAAGCUCAAUGGUUUGCAGCACCAUAAGUCCAAUGUGAAAAAGAUCUAUGUUAUUACCUACUCUAACUUAUUUAUCACUGAAGAUGGUGGCAAGAGUUUUACAAAAGCACCAUUGAAUUUUAACCUGGAUGGUUCAUUGGUAUUUAAUGACAUCAGUGAAAACCACAUACUGACUAGAGAGUCUGAGAAAAAGCAACUCCAUCUUUCAAGUGACGGUGGAAGGAAAUGGAAACCUAUUGCUUCAAGCGUUAAUCUAUUUUUUUGGUCAACUUCAAAACAUGAUAAAAGCUAUACUGUCUACAUAUCACAGAAGAAUGACUCCUAUACCUCAACUUAUUACAAAGGUGAUGUUUAUACACUGAAAAAAUCCAGUGGCGACUACAAAGUAUGGAAAUCUCUGUUACAUGAAGUAGUUUCUUUUGGAAUACAAGGAAAUUUCAUUUACGCAACAACUCUUACAAAGGAUGGCAAAGAAAGAAGAAUGCAAAUUUCAUCUGAUGGUGGCAUUACUUGGAAUGAAGCCCAACUUGAAACCAUCACACACGACCGAUUUUUCUCCGUUCUGGAUAUGUCUGAAGGAUUAAUAUUUAUGCACGUUGAUAAUCCUGGAGAUACUGGUCAUGGUACGCUGUAUACAUCUGGGCAAGAUGGUAUCAUCUACUCUAAAUCUUUGGAACGCCAUUUGUAUCCGAGUUUAUAUGGAGGUACUGAUUUCUACAAAAUAAAAUCUAUGACUGGUGUCUACUUCACUAGCAGAAUACAAACAGAUAAUACAAUUUCAACAGUGAUCACCUUUGACCGAGGAGGUAUUUGGCAAGAGAUUGAACCCCCAGCAGGUGUUCCUUGUGCAGACAAAAUGAAAAGCUGUCAUCUCCAUGUCCACAAUGUGUUCAGUAAGAAGCAGCAUGUUAAUGUUGAAGUACCUCUCAGUACUCCAAGUGCUGUUGGUUUAAUUUUAGUACAUGGUCAUGUAGCAAAUACUUUGCAGACCACUGAACCUGAUGUUUUUGUCUCCAGUGAUGGUGGUUAUAAAUGGCAUAAAGCUCUUGAUAAAGCUCACCAUUAUCAAAUUGCUGAUAGCGGAGGCCUUUUAGUGGCUGUUCCUUCUGAGAAAUUUCCAAAGUAUAUCAGAUUCUCAACCGAUGAAGGACAUUGUUGGCAUGACUACAAAUUUACUAAUGAGAACAUCAGUUUUACUGGUCUGCUUACAGAACCAGGUUCUCAAUCAAUGUCUGUUAGCAUCUGGGGAUUCCGUCAAUCUGAUAGCAAAUGGAAGGUGCAUAUUAUUGACUUCAGAAAUGUUAUCCAUCAAAAAUGUCAAGAAUCAGACUACAAACUUUGGCUUGCUCACAGUUCCCGUUGGAAGAACACAGAAGAAAAUACAGGAUGUUUACUUGGUUUAAAGACUUCAUUCUACCGGCUCCGUCCGGAAUCUUGGUGUUACAACGGCCAGAAUCAUAUAAAUAAGAAUGAAACAAAAGUGUGUCCAUGUACACGGUCAGAUUAUCAAUGUGACUAUGGUUAUGAAGCUGAUAUGAAUCAGAAUUGCAAGCGAGGUGUUCCAGUUGGUCGGGAUAUAGAUAUAUGUAUACGAGGUCAUGAAGAGAAAAUAGUUAGUGAAGGAUAUAGAAAAAUUCCUGGUGAUAAAUGUUCUUGUGAAAAUUCGAAAUGUUUUAAACCAAACACUAAGAAAAUAGACUUGGGUGUUCUAUGUCAUUCCAGAAUACAACUUAUCUAUCUGCCCUUGUCAGAGUCUGCAGCAAAUUAUGUUGUAGCUGCCAUUGUUGUGGUCAUCCUUGUUUUAGUUCUUGCUAUGUCAAUAUUUUUCAUUCACAAGUUAUGCCUUUUACGCAGACACAAAGUUGUCUACAGAUAUUCACUAUUAAACCAACCUGAAGAUGAAAUUGAAUCACAAGUAGAAUCUGCACUGUCUUCACAAAAGCUUACUUUUGGUGACUAUUCAGAUGAUGAGGAAUUACUUCAAUAAAAGGAUUUAGAUUGUUCCAGAGCUGAAUGCUUAAAUAUUCUUGAAAAAGGAAAACACUUGACUGGGAUAUAUUCUUUGAUUUAAUUCUUUCCUCAAAGCCAACAUCAUUUUCAUAUUUCCUGCUGCUUGGAAUAUGCCCCAACAUACAAGCCAUUUACUUGAAAACAUUUUGAUCUCUGUUCCUAUUUCCACUGUAAAAAGGCAUCUGUCACCAGUGCUUAUAAAUUGGACAUUUUUACCUGUAUUUGGCACUUGUACAAAUCUGAAUAUUUGUUUUUCUUUUUUCUUGUGUCUAUUUCGUGUUUUUUUUUCCUUUUUUUUUCUGUUGAUCUAAAAGUCUGACAGCAAAUUUACCAUUUUCAUCAAUUUCUUUUGUUUCUUUGUUAAAUAUCAAUGUUUUGUUUUGGCUUUAGUGGACUAUGGAUGUAAAAUAUAAAAAUGAAACAAUAGUCGGGUGUUAAUGUUAUGUAAUUCAUAAUACCUACUAAUAAUGUGUCUCUUGAAUAAGUGUAUGAUUGUGUGUUUGUACAGAAAUAUACUAACAAACCUUUUUUUUUUAUGUAUGUAAAUUAUGUGUUUUAAUUAUAUGGGAAUGGUGAGCUUUCCUGCAAUACGUUUGCUUAAACUGCUAUGUAUUUUAUCGCUGAGAUUUCUUUCUCAAACUGCACAACAGACAUAAUAAACUAUUGUUAAUCAUUUUUUUUUUUAAAUGUUUUUCCAAGACUUAAAACUGGUUUCUAUAUAUUGAUAUUUAGGGAAAUCUAAUUUUAAAAUUAAUGAAUUAUUAAAUUCAUUUAAAUAUAUUUAUUGAAAGAGAAUGAAUGAGUAAUAAAUGAAAGUAAUUAAAACUGUU